UGAAAUGCAUGCAUCAGGACAGGAACAUUAUCUGAGUUAUGUACAAAAACAAUGAGGAAGCUGUUUUAAUACCAGGAAAGGAGCAUCAUUCAAUAUAGCCCCAAAAGAUGAUGAAUAAUGAUGAAAAGGGAAAUGUGUGAUAAUACUAAACUCCUGAUGAAUUCAAAUUAAGUGGACACGCAAGAAUAUGCCCAUAUAACUGCUUCCACAGUUUGUUAGCUAAAAGGAAUUUCAGAAUGAAGAAGUCAUUCCUGCCGACUAUAGCGGAGACACCAAAUGUGGAUCUACAGAGUGAAGACGAUAAAGAUGACCUAAUAUCUCAUAUUAAUGAUGGAUGGCUUAUUUGUUCUACAUGUCACCAACGCAUUAGUCCUUGUUCACUUUUUAACCACAAACAACACCACAAAGCGAAUGCUUUACUGGGCUAUAAGCCAGAGGACAAGCUAUCAAAUCUUCAUGGUCUUACUGUUCAAAGAGAGCAAAUGGUAUCUCAGAUUGAGAGCUCUUCUGAUUAUAAACAAAGACAACUCCAGAAAAUUGAUUACUCUUAUGAAACAUUAAAGAGUGAGUUGCUUUCUUUAUCACCAUACACUAGCCGAAUGCACAUGCCCCACGAUGGCAGCUGUAAUGUUUAUAACAUGGCUAUAAACAAUAAUCUAGUAAAAGCUAUAGUCAUCGCUUCUGAUAGAAAUGCCAUCUGGAAAAGUGACAUGGAAGAUGCUUUUACAGUCCUUAAUAACUAUGGGCAACGGGAAAACACGUGUUUUGCUGGUAUUUUUGAUGGAUACCAUGGCAAAGCAGCAGCGUGUACCACUGCACUGGAACUUCCGAUUUUAUUUCUAGACCACAUUUCAUGUGUGGAUCCAUCAUACCAAUUAACUGAAGAGGAAAAGCUCUUUAUUAAUUCCUUACAUACAGUUUUCCAGGAACAUUAUAAGAGAACAGAUAAUAUUUUCUCCAUGGAGAAAAGGAAGACAGCAAAAGGGGCUGAUGUUGAAGAUGUACAUAUAGCAUAUGCUAAAGCCUUCUGGAACAUGGAUAGAAUGUUGAAACUAGGACGAAGGGAGAGCUCAAAGACGAGAUGGAGUGGGUGCUCUGCUGUGACCUGUCUAAUAGAUGGACAUACAAGGACAGAAACCUGUCAGAAGACAGGAGCCAUACUCAAGUCAACCGAUGGAGAGAAAAAAAGACUUGGUAUACUACACCUCGCCAAUAUUGGAAACAUUAAGGCAGUCUUAUGCCAAAAUGGGAAAAGUUACUGUCUAACUAAAGAUCAUAGCACAGCAAACUGUCGAGAGCGAAAACGUACAAUGGAAUCUGGUGGAUCAGUUGCAGUAAAUGAAGGCUGUAGUUUAGUUGAAGGAUUCAGUAGAAUUACAAGAGGACUUGGUUUCCAUGGUGACCCGAAACUGAAGACUUCAGUCAUCCCUGCUCCUUAUACCAUUUCCAUUUCAAUUUAUCAUACAUGCCAAUUCCUUAUUCUUGCUUCAAGUGGCUUGUGGGAAGUUCUGAGCACAAGUGAAGUUGCUGCAAUGGCUCAGGAGCUAUUAACAUCUUUCUUAACAUGCUCCUAUAACGCAAAACCAGAGGAUAACAGCACACAAGGUAACGUUCAAGAAAUGAAUACAAACAAUGGUAACUUGACAAAAUAUAAUACAAACACACCUGGUAUUCUCUGGGAAGAAGGUACAAAACUAGAAAUGAUGGAUAGCCUUUCUGAUUGCGACAGUUCGCCAAAGGUUCCGUGUGAUACCCAACACGAUGUAAAUGAGAUGUACAGUACGGCAGCAGCUCAUGUUUGCCAGCAGAUAAUACAGACAGCAAUACUGGCAGGAUCACAACAAAAUAUUACACUGUGCCUCAUACUGCUACCUGGGUGCCAUACUUAAUUCAUUCCUCAUAACCCAGAAGGUGGAUUCUAUACAAACACGUUUGCAAAAUAAAUGGAAAUCAAGCCAGAUCAUCCCUAAUUAUAGUCUGAACAACUUUCCAUAUUCCAAGUUCAUUUGCUUGUAAGUUGAAAUUCUCUACAUUAAUACAGUAAAGGUUUUAUCUACUUUUA